AAGCCCUCGUUCCCAAUGGUGGAUGCACUGUGCCACAUGGAUAGGAUAUACGUGAGGAUCCUAAAGAACGCUGUCAACGACACCCGAGCUUGGAGACACUUGUACUUCGGGAACUGUCGCGUCAAUGCAGCUCGAGGUCUUCACUAUUACUUCCUCUAUCCUAUUACAAGCUGUGGAUUAAAACCGCAGGUCCUGAAUGACUCCAUAGUGUUCACAAACUUGGUUCGUUACCUGCGUAAAUUCACAACCCAGAGCAACAUCACACGAACGCCGACCCUUACCGUGCCAGUGACCUGCAAAUACCCGCGGUAUCACAGAACUUACGAUGUUGGCAUUCACCCAAUUCUUGGACGCAACUACACGAUGUCCCCUCCCACCAGAGGAUCCAUGGUUCUCGUUGUGUUGGAUGCAAACUGGGCUCCACUUGGCACUGGGGCACACUUUAAACUUGGCGAAGGUAUGCACUUUGAGGUCCGAGCUGGUGGUGGUCAAAGAGUUUUUGCCAAUCGCUGUUGGAUCACUCCCUCUGACAAACCCAGUACUACGCUUCUCUUCACACCGAUCAAAAACUACGGCUGUAUGGUGGACAGUGUGAACAGUAGCCUGUCCCACUACCAUGCUCCCACAGACCUUUCUACCCUGAGGUUUGUCAUUGAGGCCUUUGUUUUUCCCUCCAUGCCUGCAGAACAGGCGCUCUCCGUCUAUUGCGAGGUCACUGUUGCGGCCACUGCGACUUUUUACAGGAAGGCCUGCACGUACGACCGGACGUCUGACAUGUGGCAUGAGUUGGACCGUAGAAACGACGCUCUUUGUCUCUGCUGUAAAAGCGUUUGUCCAGACCCCCCCAGUACUGCAACCCCUGCCAAUAAAGUUUCCACUGAGCCUUUCCUGAGCUGGGAUACAAGUGCGGGCAGCCAGGACCACGCCACGUCCUGGCCGGAAAACGGUAUCCAGUACGAGCCCAAUUUUAAUGGGAAUUUCCCACAGGAGUGGGCUGAGGAACCAUAGGGGUAUGUUAAAUAAGUGAAUAAAAACAACUUGUCCCAGUCUA